CCCCGCGCAGGGCAGGGUUAGUCCCGCUGCGCGCACCCGGGACUGGCGCUGGAGCUGGGCGCAGAGCCGGGAGCCCCGAGGCCCGGCCGGGCGGGGGGUGCUGGGGGGCCGGGCCAGGCCAGGCUCGGCUCGGCUCGGCUCGGCUCCGCUCCGCUCCUCCCGCCGGCGGCGCAGCCACAGCCCGCGGGAACCGAGGUGGCGAAUCGCUCCGGCUGCGCCUUGGCCACCUCUUCGCGGCGCGGCCGGCGGGAGGGACCCGGGCCGGAGCAGCAGCCGGGACGCCCCAGUGUGCACCCGCCCCCAGUGACGAUGCCAUGGCCUGCGACGCGUGACGCCGAGCUCCGGGGCCGGGCGGCACUGUGACCGGGGCGGCCCACGGGCAGCCAUGGGGAGCAUCUACAAGGAUUACUUCAACCCGCAGAAGAUCCAGGAGCACUACAACUACACCAAGGAGCUGACAGAGAGCCAGGUGACCCCGGGGCGCGUCCCCGUCUCCGUCACCAUUGUCAUCCUGUGCUGCCUUAUCGUGCUGGAGAACCUGCUGGUGCUGCUCUCCGUCUACCGCAACAAGAAGUUCCACUCGGCCAUGUUCAUCUUCAUCGGCAACUUGGCCUUCUCCGACCUGCUGGCCGGCCUGGCCUUCAUGGCCAACGUCUUGCUCUCGGGGCGCUACACCUUCUCUCUCAUGCCGGUGCAGUGGUUCGUGCGGGAGGGCACGGCCUUUGCCACCCUGGCGGCCUCGGUCCUCAGCCUGUUGGCCAUCGCCAUUGAGCGGCACGUGGCCAUCACCAAGGUGAAGCUGUACAGCAGCGACAAGAACUGCCGCAUGGUGCUGCUGAUUGGGGCCUGCUGGGUGAUCUCGGUGGCCAUCGGGGGCCUGCCCAUCAUGGGCUGGAACUGCAUGGGCCAGCUGGAGGACUGCUCCACCGUCCUGCCCCUCUACUCCAAGCGCUACAUCCUCUUCGUGGUCACCGUCUUCACCGCCAUCCUGCUCUCCAUCAUGGUGCUGUACGGCCACAUCUACUGCAUCGUCCGCUCCAGCCACGCUGAGAUCGCCAGUGUGCAGACCCUGGCCCUGCUCAAGACGGUCACCAUUGUGCUGGGGGCCUUCAUCAUCUGCUGGCUGCCAGCCUUCAUCAUCCUCCUGCUGGACACCUCAUGUGCCAUCAAGGCCUGCCCCGUCCUCUACAAGGCGGACUAUUUCUUCAGCUUCGCUGCCCUCAACUCCGCCAUCAACCCCGUGAUCUACACGCUGCGCAGCAAGGACAUGCGCCAGGAGUUCCUGCGGGUGCUAUGCUGCGGGGGGGGGGUAAGGCGCGGCAAGCCAGCCAGGCGCUGCAAGGUGCCCCUCCGCAGCUCCAGCUCCCUGGAGCACUGCACCCAGAGGCAAGACCUGCCCACCUCGCCCAUCCUGCGGGAAUGCACCACCUCGGUGUGAGGCGCCGCAGGGCCAGCGGGUGCUGAUUGGUACGAAGGGAGCCGGCCCGGAGCCGGCUCUCCCACGGGCAGCGGGAGGCUGCAGAGCAUGACUCUGCUGGGGCAAGGAGGGCAGUGACUCUCCAGUUACUGACAAUCUGGCUUGCGUGAUGCCGUCUUCCUGCGCGCCACCUACUCCUGCCGGGAUCCUGCCUGCCCCCAGCACGGCCUCACCCAAGCCGCACGCCCACAUUCACCCGGCACGAGCCCGGGGGCUGGGCGGAGGCUGCCUGGGUCCAUGCCUGCUGGCCCAGGGGCCUUCCGGCAGAUGCCCCGCUCUGCUGGGAGCUCAGCUCUUCCCUGAUCUGCCUCUGGGGAGGAAGCCCUGGGGCGGCAGGAGGGGGCUGGCAGUGAGAGGUUUGCUGCCCUGAGCCCGGCCCAGGGGGUGCGAAGGGGGGAGUCUGUGCAGAGGCAGGACCAAAGCCUCACUGCGCAUAUUUUCCCUGGCCAGCUGGUAGCAUCGGGGCAGCAGGUGCCCCUGGCAUGGCGCCCAGCCCCGUGUGGCAAGCAGUCGCUGUCAUGGGCAGGAUGAACUGGGGUUCUGCUCCAGUGCUGCCCCUCGAUGCUCCUCUCCCCCAUGAGACGUGCAACUGAAACCCACUGGGGCGGCCUCGCCAGCUGACCUGGGGUGGGAUGGGCUCUUGCAGGGGCCAGGGGCACUGCUGGGCUGUCUAUCGGCCCCUCCCCAUCUGUCUCUUCCCCUCCCUGCAAUCUGUGGGCCUUUCCGUCCCGGGCUGCCUCUCUGUCCCUCUGUCCAGCCCAGACCUCGCUUCGACAACAGGAUCUGUUCGCUGGUUGUCUUCAGGUCUGUGUAGCUGUCUGUCCGUCUUUACAGUACUUAGCCGUCCGCCUGCCCAUCUGUUUGGGGUCCCCUAGGGCCCCGCUCGCCGCAGCCUCGGAGCACCUGGACCCCAGCUGCAGUCAGAACAGGCUGGGCGGGGAGUGGGGCAAGAACCCUCCAGGCCCACGCCUGGUUAGAGCAAGUGUGUGUGUGUGUGUGUGGUGGGGGGGUGCAGUUUGGGUGUGUGGCUCUCACGUGCCCCCCGCUAGGCCUGGCCCAGGACAGGUCUCUGCUCCGCCUGGCGCUGGUAGCUCAGGGGCUCAGGCCUCUCCUGGCUUGAGGCUUCGCUGGGUGCCUUUGGCGGGGGCCGGGGGGAGGGCCCCUGGGCGGCGGGCAUGUCCCCGGCCUGACUGGGAGAAUGAAUCACAGCCUGACGUGCAGCAACGUGCGUGUCUGUGAGGCACGAGGGUGUGGGGUGGCUUUGUGAAUGAGAACGGAAAGCGGGCGUGGGAACGUCAGCCCUACCCAGCACAUGGGGGGGGUGUGUUUAAGGUUUUGUUUUUAAAAUAACCCGCUGCCCCCGCUCUGUCCCGGGCACAGCCUGCGCUCCGGACGUGGUGCCGGCAGGGAGUUGGCCAGUGGGUCUGUGGUGUGCGUCCUUGUGUCCCGGCGUGUCCCCAGGGCCGCUGGAACCAUUUGUGCAGUGGGGGGCUGAGAGCCAGUGAAGUGAUUGAAACCACCGCAAACCAGGGGUUGCGCCCCCCCCAUUUCAGCACCUCUGCCUUCCACUUUCACACCUGUCUGUCCGCUUCUCUGGCUUCGGGGUGCUCUGGCUGAGGGGGAGGCCCAGUGUCACGUGAGCGCAGGGUCGGGACCUGGUUCUUUAGUGCACACGCAGCGCUGUUGGGGCAGGGGGCAGAGAGGACGCACCCCAUCCCUGCAAACACUACAGGAGACCCCAGGUCUGAGCCACCUCUGUACAAAUAGCCCUUGAUGACAAUGGGAUUAAAAGGUUGCUUCUGUAGUG